ACUCCAAGUUAUGGCUUGUAGUGCUUCAGAGUGAGCUGAGUAGACUAUAUUUGUAGCUUGAUAAAAUAAUACUGUUACUAUUAAAACUAAAAAAUGUUUAAAUCAUUUGACCAAACAUUUAAAUUUUGCACGUUAGCAAUGGCAAUUGCAUUAAUUUAUCCAAACAAAAACAACAUAAAGAAACGACUUCUAUGUUUUGGUCUUCUUAUAAUUUCAAAUCUAAUUCAACUAUAUUGGUUCAUAGUUAACAUAUUUGAGAGUCUCAUUCGACUAGAUAUGGCCAACAUUACAAGACAUAUAACUGUGGCCAUUAUUGUAAUUUUGUUUCUAUUUAAAACUGUCUACUGCAUAUGUUAUGGUGAGAAACUAGGUAAUUUAUUGAAUACCAUAUCCAACGAUAUGAUCGAAGCCAACGAUAAGGAGGAAGACUUUAAAAAUGUAAUGGAGAAAUAUAUAAAAAAAGCAAAAAUCGGAGAAAUAGUUUGGACAAUAUUGCCAGGUUUUCUUGCAAUGCAAUAUCCACUGUUUGCCGCUAUUUGUUUAAUAUAUGACAAUAUAACUGCGGAUUAUCCACAGCGGUACAUGGUACACGAGGUGGAGGUACCACAUCUAAGUAACGUGCAGGACGAUACACCAUAUUUUGAAUUCAUAUUUGUCAUGAGCUUAUACACUGUAAUGUGUUUAAUACCUAAUUUCAUCGGGCUGGAAGGUUUCUUCUGUAUUUCUACAACGCACAUGUGUGUUAAACUAAAAUAUGUUAGUUGCACGAUCCAGAAAGCCUUUAACGAUACAACUACUAGUUUUGAAUUGCAUAAUAAAAUCAGAGACGCCAUAAAACGUCACCAAGAAGCCUUACAAUUUUAUGAAGACUUGCAGAACUUCUUCGAGCCCUGGUUGUUUGCAAUUUUCAUUAUGACAUCAACUUGCCUUUCCUUUAACUUGUAUCAGAUCUCUACACUUACAUCGUUUGAUCCGAAAUAUGUUACUUUUUGUAUAACUAUAGUAAUGCACACGUAUAUUACUUGUAUAUUCUCCAGCAAUUUGACUCAGUGUGCUGAAGAAAUGACUAUGGAUCUUUACAAUGCACCGUGGGAAAAUCGAAGUGAUGUUAUCGCAACCAAAUAUCUGAUUUUCAUGAUCGCCAAGGCCCAGCAUUCCCUCCAGCUCGGGGGUUAUGGCGUAGUCGUCUAUAACAUGGAAUUGUUUGUUUCGAUUAUGAAAACGUCAUAUUCAUUUUACACUUUGAUCACUAGUAAAUAAUUAGUCGAGGAGAUCUUUCAUUGUUUUCGAACACAUUUUUACACCAGUUGCAAAUAUAAGGAAACCAGUAAACAAUUAAUCCCGUUAAAAACCUAAAAUGU